AUGGCGGGAACAGCGCUGUCGCGGCAGCUGCAGCAAAUCGCCCUCGCGACGGGCCCUACUGCAGCUGAUGUCGUCACCAAAUCGAGCGGCAAACGGGGGGCGCACAUUAGGCCGUCCCUCAUUUUCGAGGCAAAGGAAGCCGCUGACGUGGACGCGGAAACCAUUCUACACAUGGCGCAAGCAGGUCUGGCGGAGCUGGUGGCGAUGGAUGCGCGCUUCAAGCCGUUUCUCAGCACGCUCUUCUCGCCCGCCAGCCUGCACACGGAUCGCGACGACGAGCCGCCCGACGUGGUGGCGGCGCUGGACCGUUCGAUCGACGCGUUCCUCAUGCUGCUCUCCGACGCGCUGCUGCUGCCCGCCAGCCACAAGGCGCUCGAAUACCUCAUCCGCAAGUACCGGGUGCAGCAGUGCAACGUGGACUCGCUGGUGCUGGCGGCGCUGCCGUACCACGAGACGAGCCUCUUCGUGCGCAUCGUGCAGCUGCUCUCCCUCAAGCACUCCAAGUGGGCGCCAGUGCUGCACGGCUGCAAGGCCAACGGCACGGCAAUCCCGAGGGCGCAGCUCGUGCAGAGAUGCGUCAAGGAUGACUCCUUCUUCCACGCCAUGUGCCAUGCGGUAUGCCUCCUCAUGCCAUGUGCCAUGCGGUAUGCCUCCUCAUGCCAUGUGCCAUGCGGUAUGCCUCCUCAUGCCAUGUGCCAUGCGGUAUGCCUCCUCAUGCCAUGUGCCAUGCGUUAUGCCUCCUCCCAUGCCAUGUACCAAGCGGCGGAGAAGGCGGCCACCUGCAUGGUCCGGGACGGCCCUCCAUCAGCAUCUCCCCCCACGGCACCUGCACCACCCGCCAUGCGUCUGCUGACCUUCACGAGCGUGCUGCUGCUGGAGGCGCUGGCGGGGAUGCGCGUGUCGGUGGACGCGCUCUCCCACCUGCUGCCUUUCAUCCUCAACGGCCUGCAGCCCUCCGCCCUGCACGAACACAGGCUGGCAGCCAUGAUGCUGGUGUCGCAGCUGGCCAACCGCUCGCAGCUCUCCACGCAGGUCGUCAACUCCCUCCUCGUCGCCCUCCUCUCCCCCACCCCUGCCGCUGCACCCACUGCGCGCGGCGCGAGGGCACCGCCGGCCGCCAUCUCCAUGGACGCCUUCCUCGUGGUCAUCCACCUCACUGCCACGCAACGGGUCCUGUCCCUCCCAUCCAGGGCAGUCACCAACAUUCUCACUGACAAGCACUUUGUGGACGUGCUGAGCGCGGCGGCACACAAGUUCAACACGGCCAAGAUUCUCCACCUUCUUGUUGACGCGCUGCUGCCCAAGAUUGCAACAUCCCAGCCAGCGGCGGAUGUGCUGCUGGCCAUGCUGCGCCAGCUGCCGCGUGCAGCACUCUCCCCGCUUGUGCCUCGCCUCGCCCUCUCGCUGCUGCGCUUCGCCAUCGGCAAGGGCCUGCCACAGGGGGCCCCUGUGGUGCUCUCCUCCCUGCGUCAGUUUCACACCUCCAACUCAACUGCUCCUUUGACCAUGUGUAAGCGGCACAUGAGGCACUCAGCAUCUCCUCAUCUUUCAUCACGAUUCACUUUUCCCUCCGUGCUUCCCUCCACCCAUGUGGUACCUGUCCCUCCUGGGUGCGCGUGGCAGUGGCAAGUGCGGAAGGCAGCAGUGGAGCAGCUGCCAGGGCUCAUGGCGGCAGCAGGGAAGCACAUGGACACGGACGACGUGGCUCAAGGCGAGGUGCAGUCAUUUGUGUCAUCUGCCCUGCAGCGUCGACUGGCAGAUGACAGCUGGGAAGUGCUGCACGCUGCUGUCACCUCUCCGCUCCUCCCACGUGCCCUUUCUGCAUCUCUCCUCUUCGCCCCUCUCAAAGCCAUUCUCCUCCGCCCCGUGCCGCCUACCACCGAGCCGCUGUCUGCUCACAUCAAGGAGUGUCAGAGCACCGCCCUUCACCUCCUGCGCACGGCUGUCAUGGGGCCAGCGCUCAAAACACAUCCGGGGGAAGGCGAGGGGCAGGGGAGCGAGGUGAAGGAGGAAGGGGGAGCGAGAGGUUUGGUGCAGGGGGUGGCGGAGGAGGUGAUGCCACAUGUGCUGCUGUCUGCUCUCAUGCCCUCUCAGGUGACAAUCCCCUUCCGCUGCCACAAUCCGCUCUCUCUCUCCCCCCCUGCCAUGCAACUCAUGUUCUCUGCUUCUGCCGCGUUCUCAGCAGCUCCGGACGUGCACGCCAAGAUCUUCACGCUGCUCUCCACACUCCCCGCCUCCUCCGUCGACUCCCUCAGCCUCUCAGCCGACCUUACCAUCUCAUGCCUCUCAUCCCUUCUGAGGAAGCUUCCAGGAGCCACCCAGAUAAGUAAUAGUGUGUCAGGACGCGUGUUUGAGCUGUUGAUGGGCACAUCAAGUCCCAAGGCAGCUGCUCUGGCGGCAGCACGCAUUGUCGGUGCAGUGCAAGGAAGGGCAAAGAUGCAGGGUGGAAAGAGCGAUGGUGAGGGAGGCGGGCGAGUGGAGUUUCAAGAGGCCAUGUUGCAGGCCGCCGUGAGGGACAUGGGUCUGCAUGCAGGGGAUACGGCAGGAGGGGAAGAGGGCAGCACCGGUCAGCAAGGCAUAGCUUCUCUGCUGCAGCUGCUGCUUGCACGAUUCGCCACCCGAGCCUCCCUCCUCACCUUCCUGGACCCAUUCCUCCUGCCGUCCUCCUCGGGCUUGUCUCACUCACCCUCCCUCCAACUAGCAGCGCUCUCCCUCCUCCCUGCUGUAGCUGCUACUGCAGUGCCAGGGGACGCCAAGGCCAAUGAGGAGCUGCCACAUGUGCUUGUGGGAGUGCUGUUGCGCCUUAUGGUGGCGGUGCAGAGCCCUCACAAGUCUGUUCGCAAGGCAACUCUGCACGCGUUCGCGACCCUCACGCAGACGACCGCCACUCUCCCAAGUUCCAAUUCCAACCUGCCCUCUCCCUCCUCUCUUUCGCUCCUUGCAUCUGCUUUCUCAUCCGCCAAAGAUGCUCUCCUCUCGGACCCCUCCCUACCACUUGCCCUCUCCUCCUCCUCCACUGUUGCCCUCUCCCCCGCCUUCACAUCCGCUGCAUCCUCCACCUCCAUUCCUUCCAAGCCCGGCCAAGCUGCUGCUGUGCUCAUUCGUCUGCUGGAUCCCUCGUGUGCUGGGUCCACUGGCUCCAGCUUGACUCCCUCUGACCGUACUGUCACGCUCUCAGCUCUCUUCAACGCUGCCAUCAGCCUUCCCCCAUGGCCUCAGGCCCUUGCUCUCCACAUGCUCGCAUCAAUUCCAGCAGCCACUGCUCUCCUCCCGCUGGGCCAACUGCUGCCUCGCCUGCACGAGCUGCUCUCCCGCCGCCUGCACUGCCACCUGCAGCAGGCGCAACGCGCUGCUGGGCUGCCACUGCCACACAAGCCAGCAUCAGUGGACGGAGCAGCACGGUCGGAGGGGAGGCUGGAACUGGAUGAAGUGCACCUGCUGGCUGUGGGCUUGCAGGCUGCUGGCAUGCGCUUGUUCAUUCUCAGCUUCCCUCUCUCCCACUGCACCUUGCAGCUUGUAGCUGCGGCCGCAUCAGGAGGUGGGCAGGAAGGGGCUCAGGCAGAAGCAGAUGUGGACGAGGAGAUGAGGGAGGAGGGAGGCGAAGGAGAGGAGAGUGCGAAAGAUGGGGAGGAGAAAGCGCAGCACACAGCAGGGAAAGGAGUUUCUGCUGUUGACGUUGCACCUCUGCUGUUCAUGGCAAUGCAGGUUCAGGGUGCCAUAUCAGCUGAUGACGUGGCAGUGGAAGCCCCAGCUAUCACGGCAGCAGGUGUGGUCACAAACGACUUCUUGGAGGCACUGCCAGAUAACCACCAGGAUGGGCUUGUGGCGAGUCUGCUCUUCCUCAUGGCAGCAUCUGAGGCCUCGCCUGCAGCGCGCCAGGCAGCCAAGGAGGCACUCCGGCGCCUCAAGCUGAGCCCAACCACGCUUGCGCGCCUCAUCACGGCCCUCUUCUCUCCACCAUCGGUGUCUCACGGCGCCCCUCAGGCAACCAGCUCCAACAAGCCAGACUUGGGUGCCCAUGUGCCACUGUCUGACUUGCUGCCAGUGGAACGACGUGUGGCUGUCGCAACUGGUCUGCUGGAGAUGCUGCUAUGGAAGGAGGACGUCACAGCACAGCAGACCAUCCAGCUGUUCCCGUCGCUAGCUACGGCCAUUAGCUCUGUCCUCUCCCACCGCUGGCCGAUGCUACCGGCACCCAACUCCAAUGAUGCAGAGGAAGAUGGGGAAGAGAAGGGAGGGCAUCAGGCAGAGGAUGGAGAGGGUGAUGUGGCAGGGAGUGAGGUUGCAAUGAGCGCCCAGAUGCUGGGAGCCGUUGAAUUUGUGCUGCAGCUGGUGCUGACGGUUGCGCGCAACGCCCUCUCCUCACACACACACGUGCAGGAGGGACAGGACGAGGAAAUGGAAAGUGAGGGGGAGGAGGAUGAAGAGGGCAUGGAGCAUGGGGAGGAGGAGUGUGUGGUGCACAUGGUGGGGGCGGCAGUGGAGGUGGUGAAGGGGCGGAGGGACCCUGCCACUGCAAGUGCAGCCAUAGCAGUGCUGGCAGCUGCAGCGGAGAGGCAGCCAGAGGAGGUGGUGGAGCAUGUGGUGACGGUGCUCUCUGUUGCCACCACAACCACCCUCGCCCUCGUGCGUUCCUCCCCUGCACCUUCACUCACUUGCUCAUCCUUGUUGUUCCCGUCAGCAGGCCUUGCUGCCUUUUGUUCCCCUUUUCUUGGCGCUCCUCUUUUUUGCUCUUUAACUGUGUGUGCUUUGGUGCCUGAGCGGAUGUGCCUGUGUCUCCACUCUGGGCCCAUCUCGCGUUUCCCAUCCCAUCAGGACAUUCGGGAGUCGCACGACGCCAUCCACCGGCUAGUGGAGGCAGUGCUUCCUGCAUGGCUGCACCACAACCAAGACGCGAUUGCAGAUGUCACUUUCCUGCUUGACGUGAACACAGGUGUCACUCCGCUGUCGCUGGUAUCUUUCAUUAGAGCUUGGGCAUAUCCACUUCACCCUCGUUUCGCCCCCAAUCCACACCACCCCCUCCCUGUGCCCCUUCAGAUGGUCGUGUCAUCCCUGCCCUCCAUGCUUCAUCACCACCGCAUCGCCCUCCUCUCUGCUCUCCUCAGAGGUGUCUCUCCAUCGUUGGGCCUAGCUCCGCUUCUGCUGCUGCUGCUAACCACCACAGGCGUCACACCCUCUCUUCUCACAGCACGAGCCGACAGUUCCAAAGAUACCAAUCGCUCUGCGCGGGCGCGCAGGCAGGCAGCUCUGCAGCAGCAGGCAUACUGGAGGCGGCGGGGGGACAGCACAGGCGAUGAGAAGCAAGGCGAGUGGGGGCUCAGCCUGGCAUUUGAGCUCUGUUCGCAGGUUCCAGGAAGCAUCCGACUGGAGGCGUAUGUGAAGCUCUUGGAAGCCACAUGCCCUCCAAUCAUAGCGCGACGGAAGACGAGUGCAGCAGCAGAGGAGGCGUUUGAUUGGUGGAGUGGGACAUGUCCGGAUGAUGAUGUGGUUGUGGUGAGCUUUGUGGGUGCAGAGUUGCCGGCUGCAGUGGCAGCUAUGGAGGAGGAUUUGGGGAUUGAGGGAGGGGCGGGUGCAGCAGAGGGUGCAGAGGAAGGGCUCAACAAUGAGGCUGACGCUGCAAUGGUUGACGGCAUAGCCCGUGACACCCAACACCGACAGAUCUUCGUGUCUCUCUUAGAGCAUGUGGUUCUUCGCCUCCGUGCCACUGCUGCCGCUGCUGCUGCUGCUGCCACUGCUGCUGUGGCCUCUCCCAUCGCCGCCCCAUCUUAUCCUCCUACUCUCAAGAACAAGGCGGACUUGGUGGCUUCAGCAGCAUAUGAGCUGCUGCAGACUCUGGAUGCCGUCACCCCCAGUGGUGUGUUCCUCCAGGCUGUUCAGACGCUACUGACCAACCCCAGCACACACAUUCGACGCAAGGUUCUUCGGCUGCUUGCUGCCCGAGUGCGGGCCUCCGUGUCCCACACUCUCAUGCCGCAUGGCCGCGGCAAGGGUAGGAGCAAGCAGCGGUUGGCGCAGGCAGCUCAAGAAGAAGCGAGGGAGUAUGCAUCGGUGGCAGGACAGCUGGCGCACAUGGGCGCGCUCGAGGGGGCUGACAGGUCCCUGGCAACACAGAUGGCUGCUCUGCAGACACUCGAUGCCGUAAUCAAGCGCUUCGCGUCGUUGGCUUCUGACGACUUCUCCCCUGCACUGGCCCCUCUUAUUCGUAUCAUCUCCGCUCACUCGUCCCCACCGCUCCUCACUGCUGCUGCGUUGCACUGUCUCUCCUCCCUCGCCUCCUCCCUGCACCAUCUGCUGUUGCCCCACCUGCCUGUCCUUAUGCCACCUCUAUUCGCCUCAGCUGACCGGGCUCUUGCUGCGGCAGGAAAUGGGGUGGUGGAGGAACCUGGGGCAGAUGAGGGGAAUGGGGAGGGUGGGGAUGAGCAGAUGGAGGAGGAGGGUGGGGGUCAUGGGAGAUCGGGGAUGGUGAGUGAGGGUGUGGCACAUGACCUGCUGGCUGCUGUGCUGCAAGCUCUGGAAGCAAUGCUGGCGGCCAUGGGCCCUCUCCUCUCUCCCUUCACUCCUCGCAUCCUCGCCUGCACCUGUCUCAGUCCUGUGCUUCUCUGCUGCCCCUCAGCCUCGGUGCUGCAACAUGCCCACGCUAUGCGGCUGCUUCUGGACCCUCUGGUCUCCUCCUGGACAACGGCCACAGCUGCAGGCCCUGCCCCCUCUGCUGCUCUGCUGCACAUGCUGGCUCGUGCUGCUUCCCACAUGGACCGGACUGCUGCCUCCACCUUCCAUGCCCGCAUCUUCGACUUCCUCCUCCUCCGCACCUUCGAUGUUCGCCGCGCCCCUCCCUUUCCGCCCUCUACUGACAGCUCCUCCAAUCAAAGACUGCCAGGUGGCACGCAGAUGGUCACACCUCCUGAUGUUGAAGGAGCAUCAGUGGCCGCAAUGGUGGGGUUGGUGAUGAAGACGAGUGAGAGUGUGUUCAAGCCCAUGUUUGUACGCGUGCUGGAGUGGGCGGCCAGUGAGUACGCUGCUGAUGGUGAUCCCAUUUCGCCAGCAGGCAGAGUGGAGCGACACCUCACUCUCUUCGGUCUCGUCAACGUUCUCUCGGACAAGCUCAGGUCGGUGUUCGUGCCAUACUUCCAGUACCUCUUCGACAUUGCCAUUCGCCACCUUGUUGGCACUGCUGAUGCUGCCAAGGGGGGGAUUAAGAAGAAGAGGCGCAAGUCAGCAAGUGUGGCAGCAGCAGCAGAGGACAGCAUUGCACAGUGGCAGCUGAGGCACCUGGUGGUGUGUGCUCUGCACAAGUGCUUCCUCUAUGACUCCAAUGCGGCCUUCUUGGAUGCAACACGCUUCCAGGCUCUCCUGGAGCCCCUCGUCUCUCAGAUCGACAGAGAGCCUCCAGCUGGGGUGGCUUCCAUUGUUUCAGCCCCAUCUGCUCCAGAAGCUCUCUCGGUGGCUUCUCAGCUUUCAGAGGCACACCUGAUGCUGGAGCCCUACAUUGCAGCGUCUGUCCCGAGCAUCAGCGCCGUGGAUGAUGAACUCGUGACAUGCCUCGGUGAAAUGACCGUUGCAGGAGGGUCUGAUAUCCUCUGGAAGCAACUCAACCACCAGGUUCUGAUGUGCACUAGGAGUGAGCGAGUGCGGUCGCGUCAGCUGUCUCUGCGUGUUGUCAACGAGAUUGUGGAUCGGGUUCGCGAAGAGUAUGUUGUGCUGCUGCCGGAAUCCAUCCCCUUCCUGGCAGAGCUGCUGGAAGACCCAGAUGCCAAUGUGGCUGAGAGUGCAAAGAGCCUGGUGAAGAAACUGGAGGAGCUCAGUGGAGAAGAACUCACUCAGUACUUUUAA